AUGUUGAUGACGUCGAGGAAAUUCACACGAAUACAGUUGCGGAGGCUGCGGUGCAUGUGGCCGACCUGUACUUGGGCCAUCGCGGUCUCUCCUCCAUGCGCGUGUGCGCGGCGGUCGCUGAAGCACCGAUCGUUGGAUCCCGAUGACCCAUUUGGCGAGAAGUCGGCGACCGAUGAUCCGUCCGACGGCUUCUACGCCGCUUGGAGCGGCGUGGACAUUGACGCCUUUGCCGACGCCGCGGCCAGUGACGAGGUGCGUACGGCCCACUUUGGGCCCGAGUGGGCAAGAUUCACCACGGUGGGUAGGUUGUCUGUCAAGAAGAUGCAGGAGCGGGGGAACCAGGCCGUGGAUUCUGCUGCGGCAUCCAGAGACGGCGACGGAGCAACGCCGCGCCCACUCACGGCAGAGGAGCUGCACUUACGGGAACUUCAGGCACGAAGAAAGGGGCUUGAAAAAAACUACGCGACGUACGAAGAGUAUGUGGUGAAGGAGCUUGGUAUCGAAGACGGGGGUGAUGGGGAUGGCCAGGCGGAGGAUGAAGUGGACGGUGAACGGGAUACGGAGGAUGCAUCCGUGGACGCCAUGCCGCUGCCACCGUUUAUGUUGGGGGGAGGGCGGCAGGAGAGCCGAAAUGGCACCGCGACACCGGAAGUCACUGGUGGUAGGCCGCCCCUGCGCGGUCGCGCGGGACUGCAGGCACCAGAAGCAUUAAUGCAACGGAUCUUCAACGCGUUGGGUGAGCCUCACGGUGACCGGCACUUGCCUCGCUCUGAUCCGUUGCACUGGAAUACCGAAGAGGUUAUCCUGUGGAUAUCAAAAAUGGAGGUCGCCCGGCUUUCUCUCAUGUCCGUCACGGGGCCGGAUGGCGGAGGAGCCAUGGAGACCGGGCUUGGGGAGGCGGCGUCCACUGAGACGCCGCUUAUGGAGGACCCGUCCAUGCGGGAGGCGUUCCGCAUGGCGCGUGCAAGCGGGGAGUUUCUCCUGCACCACACGGUACCGAGCACAUUGUUUCAGGUGAUGAGGCGGUGGUACCUGCGGCGGCAGGAAAUCGCCCUGACGAUGCUGAGGGAGCGGCGGGAAAUGAAGAACAUCGUGAGUGGUGGCCUGGAGGAUGCCAAUAGUGCCGCUUUCAGGAGCGCCGUGGAAAGCGGCAGAGCAAAGCUGGAUGAGGAAGCUGCAAAAGUUACACCGCUCCUCCUACAGGAGACUAUUUCUCAGUGCUACCCGUAUUGCCACUGA